GAGCCGGCGGGUCACAUGCAGCGGAAGAGACGCUUGUUCUCGGACGGCUUUCGCCUCUCCGGCCUCCGUUCCUGGGAGGUUUGCGCGCGCGCGGUGGGGGAAGCCGUUUGUCUCGCUCUUGAAGGCGGGAGUCCUUCCCGGCUGCAGUUCUUGGCGUCGGGUGCAAGGAUGAGCGAGCAAGAGGAAGAAGCGUGAUCUACGGAGGAGGUGAGCAACCGCCGGGGCCCGGCUUUAAUGUUGAGGCUUCUUCCUAGAGGAGUGUUUUGUUGUUUGCAAAAGUUAAAAAGAGCGGCUUACGCGCGCCCCUGGGAAUUGUGGUGAAGCAGGUUGAGGGUGCAGCGUUGCUUAGCUGGGAGUAAGCAUUGUUAAACAUGCAAGUCAACAUCCUUAGUAAAAAGUUGCCGGCCAAAUACCUCUGGAAAGCUCUGCGUUGUAGAGGCCGCAGCGUGGUAGCACAGUAUUCGCCAUCCCGUUUUCCUCCAACCUAAGCAACCUGAGAACCGUCUCUGAGGACUGAAUAUACGAACUGUGAAUGUAGACUGAUCUCUCUCUGUUUAUACACUGAUAGUAACUGAGCGCAUGGACAUCUGAGCAAAUAAGGGGUGAAUGAAAAGACAGUUUAUUUGCCCUGAAAUCAUGUCUGCAUUGGGUGUUUUACAUUGGGGAGGGGGCACCAUUGCUUAAUUCUUUUGCUUCUGUGUUUCUAUCCUGUGGGACCUGCCCUGAAGCACAAUUAGAAACAGCAGGCCUGUAUAGGUAGCAGCGUCUCCACCGCUCUCUCUUCAGGCCUGCAACAUGGUGCCACUGCAUGUACUUCAUACUUAUAACUAAAAUUUAUCUGCUGCUAGAUUACCUUUCAUGGGAAUUGGCACUCGGGUGGCAAGAGUCCAGACCAGGGAUGGAGAACCCCUUUCAGCCCAAGGGCCACAUUCCCUUUUGGACAGCUUUCCAGGGGCCGCAGGCCAGCUGUGGGCAGGGUGGGGGCAAAAGUGGGCAGAGCAAGGGAUGCCACAUUUACCAUAGGCUAGUUUCUACACUUAUUCACACACUUCUUUGUCCGUAAUUCAUACAAGCAAGAGACAUUAUCGGAGUUCAAGGACACCUUCCGGCCACCCCCAGCCCCAAAAGGUGUGUGUGAAGUGAUGGAUUUGACUUGGGAGAAACAGGUGUUGCCUGGGAAGAGAUCCAAGCGCCAGACAGGCCUGGAGGGCCAGCUUCAGCCCCCAGGCUUGAGUUUCCUCACCCCCUGGUCCAGAGGUAUGUCUUGCCAGGACAACAAUCUAUGCAGGAAAUUCAGAGGAGGUUAUAGAUCAGCUCUUCCCCUUUCCCAGAGAACUUGCGGGACCUGAUUGAAUGCAACUCCAGGCAAACUUUCCAUGUGCUCCUUGAGCAAAUGGACUAGUGGCACAGCCCCUGACGGGAUUUGACAGGCCUGAUGCUUGCUAAACAUGUUCAGUGCUUUACUUUCUCAUUAUCCUGCCUCCCACUGCAACAAUCCUUUACCCACUUUCUUGGGAGUAAGCACUAUUCAACCCUAUGGGAUGGACUUCUGCAUAGACAUGUACAGUGGUGCCUCGCAAGACGAAAAGAAUCCGUUCUGUGAGUCUCUUCGUCUAGCGGUUUUUUCGUCUUGCGAAGCAAGCCCAUUGACGGAUUAGCGGCUUUUAGCGGCUUUUAACGGCUUAUCAGCUUAUCGGAUAAGCAGAUAAGCGGCUUAACGGCUUAGAAAAAGGGGGGGGGGCACGGGAACAAAACCCGCAGGAACUCGCAAGACAUUUUCGUCUUGCGAAGCAAGCCCAUAGGAGCUUCGUUUUGCGAAGCACCUCCAAAACGGAAAACUCUUUCGUCUAGCGAGUUUUCCGUCUUGCGAGGCAUUCGUCUUGCGGGGCACCACUGUAUGUUGUCAGUCCUGCUUUGCAGGCACGUUUCCCUAGCUGGACAUUCUCAGGCUGGAAAUGGCUGUUGCUAUUGAUUGGGUUGUUUUUAAUAGUUGCCUGCACUGUAUUGUACAGUUGGUUUGAUCAGGGAUGUUAACAAAAAAUAUAACAGUGAGUGUAUUGUAAGCAGUGUUGAGAGCUUGCUACAGGGUUAUAAAUUUUAGCAAACCAUGAAUAGCUGUGUUUUGCUUCUCUCUCUUUUUACAUAAAACUAGUGCUCCUCUUUGUGCCCUGUCCAGAGCAACAGCUGCUGGACUUUCAUAAUCCAGGCUCUUCCGUGUCUCCUAGGUUUGCCUGUCUCUCUUCCUGUUGAUGUCGUGAAAUUAGUAUGAGUAGACUACUGAAAUGAGCCAUUAUAUAACUUAUUCCGUGAGAAUCAGAAAGCCCAUAUAUAAGCUCACUCCCCUUUCUUGUAGAUUGACCAGUCACCACAGUGGUACCUCGGGUUAAGUACUUAAUUCGUUCCGGAGGUCCGUUCUUAACCUGAAACUGUUCUUAACCUGAAGCACCACUUUAGCUAAUGGGGCCUCCUGCUGCCGCCGCACCGCCAGAGCCCAAUUUCUGUACUUAUCCUGAAGCAAAGUUCUUAACCUGAAGCACUAUUUCUGGGUUAGCGGAGUCUGUAACCUGAAGCGUAUGUAACCCGAGGUACCACUAUAUUCCCUAAUAAAUAUUAACUCUGCUGCAAAGGGAUUCUCAGUUCCCAUGUUGUGAAAGCUGUUCCCUGUCUUCCGGAACAGAAGGAAAUGGGGUCUCCUGAAGCAGCCAAGAGGAUCCUCCCAGUGUGGAUGACAAAGAGGGUGACUGAGCCAGCACAACAAGCAGGGAUGAAGCCAAAGAGAAGGAAGAAGGCAGCUUUGGCAAAGUAAGUUGCCUUUGUGUUGUUUCUUUUAACCCAGGGAAGGAAGGUUGGGUUUCACUUUGGCCUCUACUUAGAAGUUUCUGUAGGGCUCAAACCCAUGACCCUGAGACUAAGAGCCUUGUGCUCUACCAACUGAGCUAUCCCAGUCUCCCAUCUAUAUGUUUGACUUUGUCUGCAUGUAGAUGGUAAGGGCUGUAGCUCCGUGGUGUGGCAGAAGGUCCCAGGUUCACUCCCUGUCAUGUUGCGUUAGGGUAGGGAGAACCCCGAAACCAUGGAGAUUUUGCUGCUAGCCAAUGUAGACGAUACUAUGCUAGAUGGUCUGACGUAGUUUAAGGCAGUUUCCUCUAUAAAACAUGGGCUAUCUUUUAUGUUGGUGGCUCCCAAGAAAGGCAGAAUAACUGGCACGUUGGCAGUCUUGUUUUUGUUCCCUCCAUCAUUAAUGGGUUUAGAAAGCAUUGCCUUAUACACUUUGAACACGUUCAAGUUGUUGUGUGCCCAGUGAUGGUAGCAUUAAAUAGAGGUGGCAGGGAGGGGAGUGCACCACAGAACAGAACCUAUUGCAGAUUUUGGUGCCGAUGUUGCUAUGCCAACAGCACUGAUCAUGCUGAUUCAGCUGGAAGCUUGCCUGCAGUCUUGUGUGAAUUUGUGGGCGUCGGCUGUGCUGCUUGUGUUCCAGUUGCUCAUAAAUGUUUUGGUGCAGAAGCAGUCUGGCCCAGUCCCAUCUCACCUGCUCCAUUCUAGGUUUUCGUUCGUUAAGUUUGUAACCUCCCCUCACCACCCAACGCACACUCAUUUCCUUUCUAAAAUCUGUUACAAAGCAAUAGCGCUACUGUGCAUCCAUGGUUGCUUUCAGCCUUAUUAUCUCUAAAUGGCAAACACUGUCUGGUUGCAGAAAAUAAAGUUUUGGUGUGUAUGAGCAUGUACUUUCCAAACUAUCUUCUGUCUGGUUGAUUUUAGAUUUCAUGAAACUUUUUUUUGCUGUUGUUGCAGAUUUGAGACUAUUUAUUGUAUGAAUGAAGCUGAGCUAGUAGAUGCAGCUCUUUGCAUUAUGGCCGAGGUGAGCACUUAGGGGCAUGUUAUCCCAGUUGUGGGUAUUUGCACCUUCACUCCAUCUGAUGAUUUUUGGUUGACCCUCUUUUGUUAAUCCCUCUCUCAGUAGAACUGGCUGAGGACAGAGAAUUACAUUGUGACUGAAGCGUAGUUUAUAUUUGCUGUGUCCCCUUCUCUGAGAAACACAGCAGUGAUUCCAGCGUGUUUCUUUGGCCAUGGAGAAUCACUUGCAAUUUUGAAGAGAGGGACUAGGAUUUUAAAUGGACUCUCAUCAUUCACAAUGAGCAUGUAUUCCUACUUCCCUGGGCUUCACAUAAUAUUACAUUCUUGGCAACUAUGUACCCUGAAGAUGGGAGUGAAUAAACUUUUUUGACCUCCAUUUUUAGCUCCCUGCCCUUUUGCAGGCCAACUUUGACAGGAGAGUGUGGCCAUCCACCUGUCACCAUUAUUUUUAAAAAUAUUUGUAAUGACAACAUAUUGCCCACAUCAGUGGGGUGAGAUAUUGACCAACACAGAUUGACACUCCCCAUGCAUCAGUUGAUGCUCAGGGAAGGUCAAUUUUGCUUUCUGUAGAGUUUAGGUAUGCAAUAGUUCCCUGCAGGUAACACUUUUGCACACCUGAACUAAGAUUGACUGCCCCCAUGAAUCAACUGUUGUGCAGGGAGGUCAGUCCUGGUUUCAGCUGCAAAAGCAGCUGAUCUAGCUGCGACUCCAACUCCCCCACACUGGACAUCAGAUGUGGUUUAGGGGAAAUGGUCUGAUGGCCCACGUGCUGGAUGGAGGUUCUCUCUCAAGAGAUUGCUACUUAACAUGCAGAAAUGUGUACUUAACAUUAUUUUUUAUUUGCUAGAAUUGCAAGGCCAAGGAAGCCGAGAUGACUUCGUCAGAAGAUGAGUCCCAAGGGCCUCAGCAAGUGCUGGAAAAUCCUCUCUGCAGUUCAGUUAGUGGCAGCCAGCAAGGCAGAAGAACCCCCAGUGUUGGAUCCAAACCCCCAAAGGAGUUGGAGGCUUUAGGCUGCAUUGAGAAGACCAAAUCUGAGGAGGAGGAGGAUGCCUUAAAAUAUGUCCGGGAGAUCUUCUUUACUUAACUUUAAACCAUGAGCAGAUAAUGCCUUAUUUGAGACACUGGCAAUUUGGACACAUGAAGGUCAGACAAUCUGUUGUCCAUCCCUGUUAUGUAAAGGAUUGCUAAGCUUAAUGUUGGUGAAGCACUUAAAAAAGGUGUUUUUUUCAAAUGGGCACAGAACUGGUAGAUAAGAUAAAAUGCUUCCAAUGGAUAUUUGUUCUGUUUUUAAUCAGUCACAACAGAGUAGUGUUUAACAAACCUUUAAUUUCAGUAUUUCUUGUAUAAGUAACAAAGACUUGGGUUUGGCCACAAGACACUUGAAAAAAUAUUCUUUGGCUACAAUUGUAUAAUGUUAAGCUUCCCCAAAUGCUUUGUUUACACUUGGAACUGAAGGAAAAGAAAAACCUCCCAGCAUCACAUAGCAAUCUGGCUACGCAUCAGCCUAUACAAUUAGAGAACGCUCCCACUUUUAUCAGUCACUAUCAGUAUUCUCAUGAUAGCAGCAGCAGCUAGGUGUCUGCAAUGUGUGUUCAACCAUACUUAAAUGAAUUGUUUUGAAAACAACUAAAUACAAAGGAAACCAGGAAUCUUGCACAUGGCAGAGAUGGGGGGCUGUGACCCCGGAGUAAGAUUCCUGUAGUCCCUCCUAUUAACCAUGCUGUGCGCUGGCAGUCCCGACAGCACCAGGAGGGCUGCAGGGUCCCCGCCCCAAGCAUAAAAGCAGCAGCAGCCCCCUGCACCGUUGCGUUUGUUUGAUGGCAUGAAUAAAUGGAAUAUUAGCAGCCAUCUAUACACAGGGAAGUGAAGUAAUCCUGACUCCUGUUCAUUGAACCUGUCUUUGGUUGAAAGCUAGAAAAUACACAACCACGUCCAACUUUAAACGCCUUUGAUCAAUACAAAAGUUGU